GGCUACAGUGGUCACAUGACUUCAGUCGAUGAAAAUGAAAGCUGGGUGCAACCAGCUGAAACCUGUGUUGCUUCUUUUCAUCAUUAAUUUAUGUUUUUACGCGAGUUGUGAGUCGACUGAACUGCAGGUAUGUAAACUGUGCAGCGGGACUGUCCUCAAUGGCACCGCAGUGGGACAGUUUUGCGCCGUAUCCGCUGGACGGAUAGACGGACGCUGCUGCGUUACAAAUGACAACACAACCGACCCUGAACGCAUCAUCGGGUUGGAUCUCUCCAAUUGUUCAUUAACUCAAGUGGGGGAUCUUCACGAGUCAUCAACAGCAGUGAUGAUAGACCUCUCACUUAAUCCUCUUGUCAACCUGAGUGACACAGUAUUCCAAGGAUUUACUGAGUUAAAUCACAUGAUUUUGCCAGUGGACAUAGAUUGUCCUGGAGGCAACAUGUCUUGGUCAAAGGUGGAGAUAAAAGAAAGGAAUCGUCUUUGCGACGACCAGAAAAACAUGUGCAAUCGGAGUGGAGAGCUUUCCAUCGACUGCCCAGAGAACUCAUUCUGCACCCCCUAUGGACCAGGCUUCUUUGAGUGCAGCUGUGCUGACAACUAUCAUGGAUACAAGUGUCUUCGAGAGGGGGAGUUUCCAGCUCUACAGGUGUUUGGGCCUCUUGGGGCGUCCACAGUCGUCCUCUCCAUCCUGCUGUGGGUCACACAGAGACGUAAGGUCAAACCACUAUGAACUGCAGUCCACUGGUUUUUAUCGUUACCUUGCAGUGAUCUACUGAGCAGAAACAGACUUUUCUGAAAGGGAAAAAUGCUGACGCCAAGUCUGAAGAGACUCCUUGUCUUUUAGAUUUUAUUUUAAAUCUUUGUGGAGCUGCUAUGUUUUAUUUUGAGGAAUUUAGACUAUUUUAUUUCUGAAUUGUUUCUGACAGGUGUUCACCCAUAUUAUAAUAAUAAAAAAAAAAAAAAACACUUUUAAAUGUAUUAAACUGACACAAGAUAUUAAUAUGAAGGUUGUAUUAAACAGCAUUCUGACCUUUUUGUUUUUGCUUGCUGUUAACUGUGUCAAACAUACACUGACUUUGAGUUCACACAAUGUAGCUACAGGGAAAAUUAACAAAUGUCGAUCCACUGCACAUUGAACAUGUAUUGAACGAGCUUCAUCUUAAAUAAAGAUUUCAAAACAG